UUUUAUGAGAAAGGCAAAUUACAUAUUGUUUGGAUUUAGUUUUAUUCAGAUACAUGGCAGUUUAGAAGGUCAUCCUAAUAUGAUCAACUUUUGAGUACAAUAUGUGUUGGAAGGGAAAUGAAUGCAUGCAUUUAGGAAUUUGUUUUCUAGCGAUUAUUUUGUGAAAUUUAUAGUAUGAAUGUAUCAAUUAUUUAGUGACUUUUUAUAUAUAUUUAUCUUUUAAUACAUAUUUGUUUACUAGAAAUCUGAAAGAUGAAUUCAUCACAAGGAGAACCAUCUACCCAAAAAGAAAAAAAAAUUAAAGCUACGUGGGAUGCAACGUUGCUUAAAAUUUUUUGCGAAAUAUGUGUUAAAGAGGUCAAUGCCGGGAACCGACCUAAUACUCAUUUGAAUAGAAUUGGAUGGCAAAAUGUGGUUAAUAAAUUUAGAGAGAAAGCAAAUAGAGCUUAUGACAAAAUACAAUUGAAAAAUAAAUGGGAUUCUCUUAGAAGGGAUUGGGUUAUAUGGAUGCAAUUAGUCGGUAAAGAGACAGGAUUAGGAUGGAAUCAUGCAAGGGGUACCAUUGAUGCCAGUCUUGAAUGGUGGGAGGAGAAAUUAAAGGUACUACCUGAAGCUGCAAAGUUUCGUGACACGGGGUUGGAGAAUGCAGCACUACUACAAGAUUUAGGUGACACGGCAUGGACACUGGCUUUAGGGACAAUGCCUCCCGAUCCAUUUCGUUCACGUGAUUUAGAGGAAGGUAGUGGAGACUCAAGUGACGACAUCAAUGUGGCAGCUAUAAAUCUUGAACCCGAGAUAGUCGAGAAAAAAAAAAUUAAGAAAGAUAGAAUUGGGUCAGCUGCUUAUAUGCAACAACAAUUAUCACGUAUAUGCGAUGCAGUUGAGAGCUUUAAUUCUCAAAGUAGCCGUUCAGUCACAUCUGGGAGCUCGACCUAUAGUUUUAAAGAUUGUAUGGAUUUGUUGAUGACGAUGAAUGAAAUUACACGAAUGAGUGCACUUUAUAUGUUUGCCAUUCGCUUAUUUAAAAAAUCGAUUAAUCGAGAGGUAUUCAUAGACUUGAAGGAACCGGAAGUGCGACUCGCGUGGCUAAAUGAUGAAUUUGAAGAAUAUACGGCGACAAAGAAACCAGCAACUUAGGAUGUUUUCCAUUAGUAUUCUGUUGUUGUACUAGUAAUAUUGUUUUAACAUUAAUGUGUGUUAUUGUGUGUUUGU